AUGGCCGCCGACGGCCGCUCCCCGCGCGACGGCAACCAACUCGAGAUCCUCCGCUACUACAACCCUCCCCAGGCCAGAGGAUGGGCCGCUGCCGUGGAGGACGGACAGAGGACCGGCAAAGGCACGGGCGACACGGCGAGGUCGCCGGGGCCACGCGACCUGGAAGCAUUCCCAGGAAAGGACGCUGCAAGGAAGCUGUUGAUUUUGAACAGAUUGUCUGUGUCCUCAGAUAAAUCAUUCCUGACAAAAUAUAACGCUGGACACGACCAUGAAAGAUGUGAUCUCCUACUUUGUGGCCGCUGUACCGUGGUGAGCCGAGGAAGGAAGAGCAUGGAGGCGGCUUGCCGCAUAAGAGGCUGGAGCGGCAAGUUUGGUGUGGCUGCUCCUUCAUGCAAAGGCUGAGGUCCAACACUGACCGCAGGCAAGCCCCAUGGCAUUCACUGUUUCUUAGGUGUUGCUGGAGGAUGACUCACACCAUGCGAAGCAAUUAGCUUAGGUGAGAUUCUUCCUUUUCUUCUCUUUUCCACUUUGGUUAUUUCUUCUUAUGUCUAUAUUUAUGAAUUUCUAUUGCUGUUUUAUCUUACAUUGAUCCAUAAAUAAACAAAGGGGAAGCUUAAAGACAUUUUAUUCUUGGAAAAUGCGCAUGCUCCAAUGUACGAUCAGAUUUUUUAAUUAAUUAUGUUUGCUUCAUCUGAUCCUAUGUGAGAGUUCUUCUCUCUGUUUUUAGUUGAUCUUCUUGCAUCCAUUUUUUUAGAGUUUUCUUGCUCAAACGGAACUUAUAGAUGACUUAUUUGUUUAACAUUAAUAUUGUUUGCAUUUAUGUUAUUUCACUUUG